AUGUAUAAUAUUGACAUGUCCCGCCCACUGGCCGGUCUGCAGACUCACACAAAUACAGUUGUGUGCUUCAUAAAAAUGCACUCAGAUGCGUCAAAUUUCCAGCUGAACUCUCAUUUGUCCACACUGGCCAGUAUCCACAAGAUCUACCACACCCUGCACAGGCUGAACCUGACUGAAGACGUCAGCCCAGAGACUCAAGGUACAGCCUGCUGCUCCAGAGCCAUGCCCCCCAGGAAAAAGAGGAGACCCACUGCUGGAGAUGACCUGUCUGCUAAGAAGAGCCGGCAGGAUAAUGUUUACAGAAAACAGGAGACAUUGCAAAUCCAGGAAGCCGAAGCUUUUUCUAGCAAGAGAUGCCUAGAAUGGUUCUACGAAUACGCAGGGUGCGAUGACAUUGUUGGACCAGAGGGGAUGGAGAAAUUCUGUGAAGACAUUGGAGUGGAGCCAGAGAAUGUAGUGAUGCUGGUAUUGGCCUGGAAGCUUGAUGCCCAGAGUAUGGGUUACUUCACUUUACAGGAGUGGCUCAAGGGAAUGGGCUCAUUGCAAUGUGACUCUACUGAAAAACUCAGGAACUCUCUAGACUACCUGAGGUCUGUCCUCAAUGAUGCCACCAGUUUCAAGCUCAUUUACCGAUAUGCCUUCGACUUUGCCAGGGAGAAGGAUCAGAGGAGUUUAGACUUGAAUACUGCCAAGUGCAUGCUGGGACUUCUGCUUGGCAAGACCUGGCCAUUGUUUCCAGUGUUUAACCAGUUUCUAGAACAAUCGAAGUAUAAGGUUAUAAAUAAAGAUCAAUGGUGCAAUGUUCUAGAAUUCAGUAGGACUAUCAACCUUGAUCUCAGUAACUAUGAUGAGGACGGGGCUUGGCCAGUGCUUUUGGACGAGUUUGUGGAGUGGUAUAAAGACCGAGAAAUGUCGUAGCGACAGCUUCCCCAUGCCUACCACCAUCACCAACUAAAUAGACCAACUAAUCGCCAACAAUCACCAUGACAAUGACGACAGAAACGGCUUUGAUACAAACAUCUAGAAACAAAGUACAAAUCAAAACUGAAGUGUUUGGGACAGACUGAUGGUGGCCCCGGGUGCUGAGGGCUUGAGUGUACACGUAGAAUGUAAUUAUCAAUGCACAUGUUUGUAUUUCGCCCUUUAAGCCGGGCCAUAGGAGGGUCACUGGUGGUUGUGUGUUGGAGAAACAGCACCUCACCGACUCCACCUUAUGUCCCCUAUAACCCACAAUGCAUUGUGGGUAAGCACACGGCCAGUCUUGGUGCCGCCUUCCCACCCCACUGUGAUGUUUCAUAUAGCUGUGAAUGUUUCAAUAGGAUCUUCUAAGGAGAAUGAAUUCGGAUUCUCCACAAGGCAGGGUAGGUAAAAACUCCCAUACUGUCUGAAGUUUAGGUAAUUUAGGCCUGUAAGGAAAGGAAAAAGAAGAACUUGCAUGGCUUUUUACUGAAGGUCAGUGACUUAAUGCUAAGGUUCACAAUGGAAAUAGCUUACCGUGUCGCUCUGCUGAUGGUGGUCCAAACACUGUUUACUACGGUUUUUAUGUUGGAGGAUGAUGACAGUCAGAGCAUGUUACCAUAGAUACACAGCAAUCUUUGCCAUAAGUUUUAUUUUUACCAGUCUCACUGCACUUGGAUGCCAUUUAAUAAACUGCACCACAUGCAAGAGUGUCAUAGACAUUCUGCUCUAAGUACUUCCAGUGGUGUUGUAUCAUUAUCUAUUUCACUACUUACAUUCUUGAUAUUGAUUAUGAGAUCAACAAGAACAGUUUACUGUUCACAACAUGAAGAACAGUGAGUUAAACUUAUCAUGAGCGUAGAGCCCGGUAUCUUUUUCCUGGCUCGCAUCACCAUUGUGUAUUCGCAAUGCAAUGGCAAGGUAUGGCCAUCUUGUAGAGGAGUGUAAGCAGGUUAAAGUGACUGCGGGAUGCAUUCACUAUAUCAUUUGAUUCUUUAGCAAUGUAACUUUACUGUGCAUGUCACGGUUAAAAUGACAGGACGUGGAUCUAUAGCAGAGACGAUGAGAGAAAGCUGUUAAAGUGCACUUUUGAUUUCUGUGAAUUGCCACAAAAAUAUAUAAACCGGUAUCCUGCCCUAAACACUGACACUACUUUGGCCACUUCCUCUUCCACAGAUUUUGUGGUCAAAUAUGAUCACCUUAACCCAUAGUGACCAAUGCCUAGCAACUAUUUAGCGUUCUAGUUAUGUUUGUAAAACUAUUGAGUUUUGUCUAUGGCCGUGGCGUGAAGCUAACUUGUCAUUUGAACAAGGAAAAAAAAAUGCAUGCAUGCAUUCUGCAAU